UGUUAAAGAGUGGGAGAGAGAGUGCCUGUGUGUGGAAGAGGGAUGGUGAAUAAAAAAUGGUAUAAAAGCAUGGAAAGGGGGAGAGAUUAAAGGCAUAGAGCGUGCGAUGUGAUGUAAGAAUGCGCAUUUAUUCAUCAAUGGAAUGGACCAGUAAGAGUGUCCAAAGCCAGGUGCUGACUCAAGACGCUCUCAAGGCUGGAGACUGCUGUCCUGCCUGAAGGAGGGGUGCCUCUGUCGUCACACACACAAACACGCACAAUCCACACGGAGCUGCGGCUAGAGGCAGGGGUAGAGACAGGGAGACACCAAGGAACACCCAGACUACCAUACACCAUGGCAGAUAUUGAUGCUCUGACUGGAGCUCUGAAUGCCAUCAGUGUGAGCACUGAACUUGUAGAGGAGGAACUAAAGCCUCAUAUUGACACGCUACUGAACGCCUUACUGGAGAAGAAAACGGGUGCUGCAGAGCAGAUAGCCUCCAGUGGAAUACUGCCCACGCUGGCCCAGACUCUGAGACAGAAGGGCUCCCUCAGAUCACAAGUGACGCUGUUGGUGGCUGAAAUGGCCAGAGAAGCUGCUGUAAGGGAGCGGUGUAUCCAGGCAGGCCUGGUGGCUGCUCUGGUGCCUUUACUGAACAGCCCAGACCAGGAGCUGCUGCUGCACACCGGCCGUGCCAUCGGACGCAUCUGCUUCGACAACACUGUGCAACAGACACAGUUGGUGAAGAAUGGUGUUAUCCCCAGACUGGUGGCCAUUAUGCACCAGUACCCAGAGAAUGAUCCAUUAGUCAAUGUCUGCCUACUGGCCCUGUGUAACCUUGCUGAUAUGGAUGCAGCGAGAGAAGCUUUGGCAGAAGUCGGGCUGGCAGAUGUUCUGACCUCCCAGCUGAAGCGUGCACCAGAUGCAGAGCGCCGCCAUCUUAUUCUGGAGGUGUUGGGAUCACUGGGAGAGAGUGAUGCACUGAAGCUCCAGUUUGUAGAGGGUGGGGUGCCUGAAGCCCUCUCUGAAAUGAUUCGAGGAUUGCAGGGUGACUCCGACCCUCAUGACCUGUGUAGUAUAAAAAUAGCGUCCAACCUCAUAGUGACAUUGCUACUGGGAGAUGAAUCCAUGCAGAAAUGUUUUGGAGAGGGAACAGGGGGUGUGUAUCAGGAUGUUUUGUCCUGGCUUCAGUCCUCUAACAUCCAGCUUCAACUGUCUGGUGCACUGGCAAUUGCCAACUUUGCCAGGAAUGACAGUAAUUGUGUCAAGAUGAUGGAACUGGGGGUUGUUCCAUAUAUUCUGGAUCUGCUGGAGCAUCAUGUAGAUGAGGGAGAUGUGUCAGUGCAGCAUGCAGGCCUUAGUGCUCUCAGAAAUCUUGCUAUACCAGCAUCUAAUAAAGUGCGCAUGCUGGAGGAUGGAGUGAUUCAGCGGAUCAGGACUCUGCUGCGCUCCGACAUGCCUCCUGUCCAGUUCAAGCUCCUGGGGACUCUGCGUAUGAUGGUGGACGGCCAAGAUGAAGCAGCUACAGUUUUGGGCAAGGAUGACAUGUUAUUGGCACGGGUUAUGGAGUGGUGUGAAGCGAAAGACCAUGCUGGUGUCAGAGGGGAGGCCAAUCGGCUUUUAGCAGCACUUAUCAGACACAGUCGCUCCUCAGAAGUCAUCCGUGCUGUCAUCAAGGCAGAUGGGGUCCAACACCUGAUCUCUAUGGCAACCAGUGAACAUGUCAUUAUGCAGAAUGAGGCGUUGGUUGCUCUAGCCAUCGCCUCUGCAAUAGAUAUUGAUGUGGUGGAAGAACCGUUCAGUCAUGCUAAUCUGCUAUCCACCCUGAAGAAGAUGCUGGAUGACCCUGUAGGCGCAGUGGAAGUCAAAUUUAGCACAUUAGGGCUCAUUUGCAGUCUGGCCAACUCCAGCAUGCUGAAGGAACAGAUGGAUGCUCUGAACCUGAAGGACAGCCUGUCCAAGCUUUCCAGUCACACCAGCACCAAGCUGGCCUCGCAGGCAGUCACAGUAAUGGGCGUACUCUCUGAGACUAGCUAGAGCACCUGUCAAAACUCUCUGAUUGAUGGGACUGCUGACUAGAAGCACACUGCGUGUCCACUUCAUACACAUCUCAUCAACCCAGUCCUGUAUUCUGUGAGACUGAAGCAAUCUGAAGCAAUCUGUCUGUGAGCUCAGUAGGAAGCGGGGCGAUGCCAUUCUGGCAGAGGAGCUUAAUUGGCUCAUAAAUAAAGUAUCAUUCUAUGGUUCAUUUCCUAUUAGCUGACCUGUGAUAACCUUGAGGAUAUAUAGUACAGUUAGAACUUACCAUCUCCUGUAUAAAAGCACAGUUCUCUCUAAAGUCUAUUUCAUUAUCUGAACUCUCUGAAGAGGAAAUUAGCAAUCUAAAAAUAAGAGAUGCUCUAAUAUAAAUACAUAUAGAAUCAUAGUGUUCUGCCCAAUUAUAUGAGCCUUAGAUUUAGUACAGGCUAAUUUGCUCUGACUGGUAAUUAGUGAUUGCCUAGAAAAUGGAAUAUGUUUCAUUUUGUUUGAGCGGGUGCUAAUUUUGUGUAAAUAUAACACUCUGUCAGUCCUACACUACAUUAACCAUACUCUUCAUUAAGAGAAGCACAUGGACUUACUUAUUCCUACAUUUACAUAAUGUGGAAUGUGAUUAUAGUUCUUGCCUGAGAAAAGGAUUUCAAUUUGCAAUAAUUAUUUAGUCGUUAUAUUAUAAUUAUAACAUAGCUGGUUGUAUUAGUAUUAAUAGAGGGUUUUUUAAAAUGCAAAUACUUUGAUCAUGUUGAUCAUUCUAUUAGCUAACCAUGAAUACAAGGAAAGUCCAUGUAUGUAUUAGCAAUACCAAGAAAUAUAUCAAGAGCUGUGUUUGAGAUUCUCUAAUAUCAAAAUAGCAAAUGCGCAAUCAUUGAUGUGUUUUUAAGUGUGACUGUGCUGUGGGUUAAUACAAAUCUCUGCACUGUA